AUGGGGCACCCAGGACGAAUAGACCUGAGAAGUUUUAAAGGUUGGAUGCACUCAGACUUCCAGAAUGAGGAGAAUCAAUGCCCUGUGUGUCAUGGCCUUCCCAAUCUGGAGACAACUGGGUCAUCUUACAACAUGUGUCACAAGCUUGUGAUUGGCACAGUUGAAGAAUCUAGAAUUUACAGACUAGGAGUAAACGCAGAUAUGUUGCAUAACUCUCAAUCAAAUGAUAUUCCUCAACGUCGUGACUCAAAUUACAGUAGCCCAAGUAACAAGCAUUCACUGGAAGAGGAUGAAAGCAGUAACUUUAUAACACAGAGCAGGGAUUUGCUGAGCCCAGUGUACUGCACACAAGAGUCAAGAGAGGAACCUUCAGGGCCAGAAGCUGGAGCAGAUCCCUCUGAUGGUCAGCAAGAUUCAGAAUGCCACAGAAACAAAGAAAAUACCUUAGGAAAAGAAGUAGUAUUAUUGAUGCAAGCCUUAAACACUCUUUCAACUCCAGAGGAGAAGCUGGCAGCACUGUGUAAGAAAUAUGCUGAUCUCGUGAGUAUUAAGGGAGCGAGGCCCGUAUAUAGCAGGGCAAAAUGUGUGUAUGUUCUUGAUAAACUUUAA